UAAGAAGCAAUUUUUAUGUAUCCUAAUUAUGAAGACAUUUGGUUCUGGGAGGCUUAAUUGAGAUUAGAGAAGUAAUCCAUUCAAAUAUUCAAUAACUUUGUAGCGGAACUAAUUAGACUCUUCUAUUUUGUGACCAAGUAUAAUCGCAACCAUCCAUCAGUGAAUAAUUUAGGAGGUGUAUUGAACUAUUACAGCCUUACCGCACCGUAAAAUUUAUCAUCAUCCUUAUCCUGCGCACACCUCUACUACCAUGUAACCGUUAUGGCAGCCGAACCCGAAACACAUCCACCGCUACCGGAACCUCCAAUCAUAUCCGCACCGGAAAUCGAACCUGAAACGACGGCGCAUCCGGAAACAGAGUCGCAAGCAAACACCAAGAUCGCAACUCCUCUCACCUUAGCUCCGAAGCGGCAGCGUCGUCCGAGCGUCCGUUUAGGCGAGAUCGGCGACCAACGCGGCACGCGCCGCCACAAAAUGCCACCGUGGAGUUGGCAAGUCCCGAAGGAAUCUUCCAGAAACCCGAAGGCCCGAUCCGUAACCAAUCUCGUGAACGGCGACGAAGAUUUCGCGAUUCAACGAAGGGGAAAAGCGAAACGAGGAACAACGACGAAACGGUUGAGGUCAGAUUGGACACCAAGAAAGAUCAACGAGAACGGAAGCGAAAGGUUUAGGGAUUUCGAUCACGAUCAUGAUCAAAAUCACGAGGAUGAUAGAAAUAGUCCUGCACACUCUAUUGAUGAGAAUGAGAACAAUUAUUGGCAAAUUGAUCGGAACAACGAUAAUAGGGUUAGGGUUUCGGAAAACGAAGGUGUUGAAUCGGAAUCAAGGGAACGAAGGAAGAACGAGGGAGUGAGGUCAUGGCUAUUUGAUUUAGGGUUGAGUAGGUAUUCUCCAAUGUUUGAGAUUCAUGAGGUGGAUGAUGAGUUACUUCCAAUGUUAACAUUGGAAGAUCUCAAAGAUAUGGGUAUCAAUGCUGUUGGUUCGAGAAGGAAAAUGUACAAUGCAAUUCAGAAACUUCGGAAACUGUUAUGAUAAGAUCCUUCAUCAAUGUAUGUAUAUGUGUAAUGUGUAGUAGUAAGCAUGUUUUAAGUUCUCAAUUAUCCUGAUAGUUCGUUUUUCUUGAUUUUCUUUGUUUCGUGGCUUGAAAAUGUGGAUAGAAAAAAAUGCACUUCUAGAUAAGAGUUUUUUUGUUGUUGUCUAUCUAUGGUGACUCAUCAAUGGUAAAUUAUCCAGGGGUUAUCUCUACUUUUGCUAUUUGUAACUUUUUUAUGACAUAUUUUCUUUUAUUUUUUAUUUUUUCUUAUGAUUAAUCCUAAGUUCAUUUAGAAAUAAAAGAAUGAUAAAUUUGACGUGUAA